CUGCCCCGCGAUGCUCCUGCUCCUGCUGCUCCUCGGGGCCACCCUGCUGCGCCCCAGCGGCAGCUCCUACCAGCACCCCUUCUACAACGGCUUCUACUACAACCACAUGAUGAACGACAAGGGCGACGGCCAUGAGAACGUGGUUUACUUCAGUGUGGCCAAACUGAUGGUGGAGACCCCCAAAGACCCUGUCUACAGCUCCAGUGGCGCCAAUGUCACCCUGCCCUGCCACUACCACUACGAGCCUGAGCAGGAGGCCAAGAGCAAGAUCCGCAUCAAGUGGUCCAAGCUGCGCGAUGACUACACCAAGGAGCAGGAUGUGCUGGUGGCCAUCGGCAAGACCCAAGUGGCCUUCGGGGACUUCAAGGGCCGCGCGAGCUUGCGGCGGAACGGCCGGCGCGAGGCCUCGCUCGUGGUGAGCGACCUGCGCCUGCAGGACGGCGGCAAGUACCGCUGCGAGGUGAUCGACGGGCUGGAGGACGAGAGCAACGUGGUGGAGCUGCGGCUGCAAGGCGUCGUGUUCCCCUACCAGCCGCGGCGCGGGCAGUACCAGCUCAACUUCGCCGAGGCCGAGCGCGCCUGCCGGGAGCAGGGCGCCGUGGUGGCCUCCUUCAGCCAGCUGCUGCAGGCCUGGCGCGAGGGGCUGGACUGGUGCAACGCGGGCUGGCUGGCGGGCGGCUCCGUGCAGUACCCCAUCGCGCGCCCGCGCGAGCACUGCGGCCGCAAGGACACCCCCGUGGGCGUGCGCAGCUACGGCUACCGGCACAAGGACAGCGAGGACCACCACGCCUUCUUGGCCAUCAGCCCCCUGAGAGCCAUGUCCUACCCCAGGGUGCUUCCCAGGUGCUGGAAUCUUGGGGAAACCCCCAGGCACCUCCGGCAGCACCUCUGGGUGCUUCGCUGA